AUGCAGGUGAGAAAUGGUGAUCUAACUUGCCAGUACGUGUCAUUCAGCAGCAAAUUCUCAGGAGAUGGAACUCCCGUCAGAGUAUUUGCUUCAAUUAAUCAUGGAAAUAAAUCAUCAGGGAUCCAUGAUAUAGCUUUCAUUUGGAUCGAAGAUGUUACAACGAGCCGUUUCAAGGCCUGUCUCGUACAAAGUGGCAAAAACUUAGAGAGUAACAGCACUAUGAUUGAUUGGUUUGCAUUCCAAGGAUCACAAACGGGAGUAUCUCAUGGCCAUGCUAUUUUUAGUCUUUUCACAACUGGAUCACAAUGCAAUCGGGUUAAAUUCACUCAGCCGUUUACAUCGAUACCCAAAAUUUACGUGACAGUACAGCAUGGAACUCUAAACCAAGUUCAGGACGCCAUGAAUAUUUGGAUUGCGAACGUCUCCACGAAUCAUUUUGAAGUUUGUUUACAGGAAUCGACGACAUUCGACGGCCUUCACGAUAAACUUUUAGUGAAUUGGAUGGCCUACGAACAUUACCCACUAUCCUGGGAGGCAAAGGAGUCCUCAGCUAAUGUCACUUUUUCAAUUCCAUUUUACUCUGCACCUGUGCUACUUACAACUGUCAUUAAAGGUGGUGAUAACAAUGCAAACAGCGAUUGCUCCGUGAAAGGUCCCAUAAUCACUUGGCUGGAGGAAGUGACUACCUCUUAUUUUCGAGUGUGUAUAAAGGAUAGUGCUGGAUAUGAUGGUCAGAGAAGCAAAGUACUCGUUGAUUAUUUGGUUAUCGGAGAUCUCGAUCCCUGUUUAAAUGUAAGUUGCAAGUAUCACAGCCAUUGUGUAGCCUUGUCUCCAAACCGAUCUACUUGUGCUUGUGAAAGCAGCUGUCCGUCAUAUGAAGAACAGGUCUGCGCAUCUAACGGUCGCACAUUUACCAACUUGUGCUUGCUUAAGCAAGACAUAUGUAAAAUACGUGGGAAUUAUACCAAGUAUCAUCCUGGCAGCUGUAUAGGCGUUCAGAGGGGUAAGAUUGACAUACAGGUGAGAAAUGGUGACCUAACUUGCCAGUACGUGUCAUUCAGCAGCAAAUUCUCAGGAGAUGGAACUCCCGUCAGAGUAUUUGCUUCAAUUAAUCAUGGAAAUAAAUCAUCAGGGGUCCAUGAUUUAGCUUUCAUUUGGAUCGAAGAUGUUACAACGAGCCGUUUCAAGGCCUGUCUCGUACAAAGUGGCAAAAACUUAGAAAGUAACAGCACUAUGAUUGAUUGGUUUGCAUUCCAAGGAUCACAAACGGGAGUAUCUCAUGGCCAAGCUAUUUUUAGUUUUUUCACAACUGGAUCACAAUGCAAUCGGGUUAAAUUCACUCAGCCGUUUACAUCGAUACCCAAAAUUCACGUGACAGUACAGCAUGGUACUCUAAACCAAGCUCAGGACGCCAUGAAUAUUUGGAUUGCAAACGUCUCCACGAAUUAUUUUGAAGUUUGUCUACAGGAAUCGACGACAUUCGACGGCCUUCACGAUAAACUCUUAGUGAACUGGAUGGCCUACGAACAUUGCCCACUAUCCUGGGAGGCAAAGGAGUCCUCAGCCGUAAAUUUUUCCGAAAACGAGGUACCAUCUACAAGAGACAGUUACGCCUUGUGUAAGAAUGUCACUUUUUCGAUUCCAUUUUACUCUGCACCUUUGUUAAUUACAACUGUCAUCAAUGGUGACGGUAACAAUGCAAACAACGCUUGCUCAGUGAAAGGGCCUAUAAUCACUUGGCUGGAGGAAGUGACUACCUCUUACUUUCGAGUUUGUAUAAAGGAUAGUGCCGGAUAUGAUGGUCAGAGAAGCAAAGUACUUGUAGAUUAUUUGCUUUUCGGAGAUCUCGAUCCUUGUUCGAAUGCAAGUUGCAAGUAUCACAGCCAUUGUGUAUCCUUGUCUCCGAACCAAUUUACUUGUGCUUGCGAAGACAGUUGUCCAUCGUAUGAGGAACAGGUCUGCGCAUCUAACGGUCGCACAUUUACCAACUUGUGCCUUCUCAAGCAAGAAAUUUGUAGAACACGUGGGAAUUACACUAAGUAUCAUCCUGGAAGCUGUAUAGGUUUCCCUCUUCAGAAAGGAAGACAUCAAUUCGGGAACGUUCCUUCUUGGGCAGAAGACCAGUGUGAGGUCAUCCAGUUUAAACCUUUCAUAUUUUACCCUGACCAGAAAAUAUACGUACAACUUACUGUCAAUCAUGUGAACUAUAGUGACUCCACUGUGGUACAUGAAGCCACAACACCCUGGGUUGAGAGUGUCAACAGCACUCAGUUCACAGCUUGUGUCACUCGAGCUGGGAGGAAUGAUUACCCCUCGGAUAGCUUUGCCACAGUUGAUUGGGUCGCUUAUCAGGGUGCUCCGUCUGGGGGAGUGGCAGGCGAGAAAUGGUUCUCGAGAUGGUGGACUGGAACUAGCUGUCAAAAGGUCACCUUUGCCAAGGGAAAAUUUUCUCAGCCACCGACGAUUUUUGCAACAGCCAAGCACCACAGAUCCCGCCUUAAGCACGAUGCCACCAGUUUGUGGAUGGAAGAUGUCUCCGUAAAUUCCUUCAAGAUUUGUCUUCGUGAGCUGCAGAAUUUUGCAGGGGUACAUGAAGACAUAUCGGUGAACUGGCUUGCGUUCGAGUCCCUUCACAGACCAUUGUUUUCAGAACACAGUUAUGUAAACUUUCAGAAUAACCUUUCACCAUCAGGGAUUUAUAAUUUUGCCUUCUGUAAGGACGUGAGUUUCAAGCGAAGCUACGAAAAAUCACCAACGGUGUUGGUAACAGCCAAACAUUCUAUCAAAGGAGGAAAGGUAGCCGCAGAGUGCAAUGGAAUUGUGAGCUGGAUUGAGUUUAUCACCCCCUCUAGAUUCCGCAUUUGCGUGAAGGAACUGUUCAUCCAGCAUUACGAUCCAUUGUUGGUAUCCUAUGCAGUGCUAUCAGAUGUUUGUGAGGAGAAAUGGAAGUAUUUCAAUGGAUAUUGUUACAGGAAAGUAUCUUCUUGUGAUUCGUGGACCAACAGCCAGGGUACAUGCGCAGCCCUGGGGGCUAAUCUUCCCAGUAUCCACAGUCAAGAAGAGAAUGUUUAUGUUCAAAGUCUCCAUGGCGGGGAGCAUUCUUGGCUGGGGCUCUCUGAUAUAAAUACUGAAGGGAAAUUUGUGUGGAGCGAUGGAACAUCGUAUGACUUCCAUUACUGGGCGGAACACCAGCCAAACAACUUUCACGAUGAGGACUGUGUUCAUACGCUUGGUUUCCUUCAAGAUCAUCGAUACGAAUGGAACGACGUUAAUUGCAGUGACUGUCACAGAUUCACUUGUAAGAAAGACUUCAACGAAUGUAGCGAUUUCUUCAACGAUUGUCCGGUGAAUGCCUCUUGUGUGAACAGUGAUGGUUCAUACGCAUGUCGAUGUCCUAUUGGUUUUCGUCUAGAGGGGAAAAAUUGCUCAGAUAUAGACGAAUGCAGUUCAGGGUCAUUUUCCUGCCAUGCAAAAGCUAAGUGUGUCAAUACCCCUGGUUCCUACUCUUGCAUAUGUUCAGCAGGAUACAAAGGAGAUGGAAAGAUAAAUUGUAACAUACCAACUAACUGCGCAGGGCUGUACAAAUCUGGUAAAACAACCAGCGGUGUUUAUACAAUCGACCCUGAUGGCUCUGGUGCCUUUGAUGUAUACUGUGACCAAACAACAGCUGGUGGGGGCUGGGUGGUGUUUCAAAAAAGACAGGAUGGCUCGGUAGAUUUCUACCGCGGCUGGACCGACUACAAGAAUGGCUUUGGUAAUCUGAAUGGUGAGUUUUGGCUGGGACUGGACAAGAUUCAUCGCCUCACAAAAACAAAGAACAAGCUCCGGGUAGAUCUGACGGACACCACAGGCAGUACUGCUUACGCGGAGUACAACAUGUUUUCAGUUAGCAGUGAGAGGACUAAGUACAAGCUUAGCCUUGGGACCUACUCAGGAACUGCCGGCGAUUCUCUUUCUUAUCAUCGUGGCUAUCCCUUUUCAACCAAAGAUCAGGAUAAUGACGUAGAUAGUAGUAACUGUGCUGUGAAUUACAAAGGAGCGUGGUGGUACGUGAGCUGUCAUUACUCUAACCUGAAUGGACUUUAUCAUCAUGGGAAGCACUCAUCUUAUGCCGAUGGAGUCCAUUGGUAUCACUGGAAGGGACAUUACUAUUCCGUCAAGAGAGCUGAGAUGAAAAUAAGACCAGUUUCAUUUUAGAACUCCCUAUUUUUUUUCCUUUCGAGGGUUUACUAAUUUCAUUUGUAAAGGGAACACAGAGAAACAGGGUUAGAUAUAUAGAUUUCUUCGUGGAAAGUGUUGACGUACGAUAUUUUCGCGAGUUUUUUUCCACAAU